GGGUAUAUUGAGUGAAUGGACCCACGAGUUUUGGAACAACUUCGCCGCAGAGAAGUCAGCUGCCUAGAAACACUGACAACAACAAAGAUGUCGCAGACGCUCGCCUACAUCGUGAUAAUCGCUCUUAUUGCUAAUCUCUUAUCAGUUUCCGGCCUGCGUUGUCACCAGUGCAACUCACAUGAUAGUGAGGACUGCGCCACCCUCGUGGUGAAUACGCCACGCGCCCAGCGGGACGAUCAAUUCUUGAGGGACUGUGCGCCCAAGGGGGAUGAGCAGGCGUUCUGCCGCAAGACGAUCAUUCAGCUGGAAGUGAAUGAGGAGCGGCGCAUCGAGCGUAGCUGCGGCUGGAUACAGGAGAAAAUGCAUAAUGCCUGCUUCACGGCCGACAACGAGGGCUACAAGCAGACCAUUUGCACCUGCAGCGAGGAGGGCUGCAAUGCAGCACCGGCGUUAGCCAGUCCCGCUUCCUUCAUGACCACAAUUCUUUGCCUGGCCGCCUCUCUCGGCUGUUUGCUGCGGCACUGAGGCCGCGCAUUCCAUCAUUCGAAAACCUAAUAGCAUUAUCCAUCAGCCUAUCAGUCUAUGUUUAAAUAUAUCUUCCAUUUUGUCUACUUUAAGUAUAUAGUCCAUACUUGUCUGUGUAUUUCAUAAUUAUACAAGUAUUCUACUAAAAUUUGCAGAUCGUUUU